UAUCCUAUAGGAUGUGGGCGCUGACAAAAUGGCUGCUCCCGUUCACAAUUCCAGUCCAUAGAAACUCGUCAUAUCCGGACAGCGGUACAAUCCCUUCCUGGUGAUCGGCUGGGGGCUGCAGUUGUGUAUUGUCUGUGGCUGUCCUGUAUACCAUGCCAGAACCCCUGGAUCUCUCCCCGCCGGAUAUCCCAGAACCGAGCUUCCUAGAGACCUUACUGCGCUAUGGACUCUUUUGUGGAGCAAUUUUCCAGCUCAUAUGCAUUUUGGCUAUUAUAUUCCCUGGUAGCAGUUCAAAGGAAAUGGAUUCCGACUCUUCUGAAGUCAAAAGCACAGAAGUGUUGAAAAAACCCAAGAUGGCUCUAGUGACGGCGGGGAAAAAGCAAAAGAAAGAGACAAAGAAAAAGCGGUGAAAAAGAAGAAAAAUACUUGAAAAAAACAUUUCUUACACACAGGACUGGUCAGAUUAUUCACUUCCGCUUUCUUCCUAUGACAACACCUCCUGUUUGGUGCUCUUCUGAGUGUUAUCAUAGGGACAGUGUGCGAAUUUAGAUCAGUCGUCUCCAAACUGCGGCCUGCCAGAAGUUGCAAAACUACAACUCCCAGCAUGCCCGGACAGCCAACGGCUGUCCGGGCAUGCUGGGAGUUGUUGUUUUGCAAUAGCUGCAGGGCCACUGCUUGAAGACCACUGGUCUAGAUUAAAGGGGUAUUUCAGGAAAAAACUUUUGUUUUGAUAUCAACUGGUGCCAGAAAGUUUAACAGAUUUGUAAAUUUCUUCAAUUAAAAAAUCUUAAUCCUUCCAAUAAUUACCAGCUGCUGAAGUUGAGCUGCUCUUUUCUGUCUGGCAACAGUGCUCUCUGCUGACAUCUCUGCUUGUCUCGGGAACUGCACAGAGUAGAAGAGGUUUGCUAUGGGGAUUUGCUUCUAAACUGGGCGGUUCCCGAGACAGGUGUCAUCAGAGAGCAGUUAGACAGAAAAGAACAACUCAACUUCAGCAGCUCAAAGCAUUAAGAUUUUUUAAUAGAAGUAAUUUAC